CGGCACCUGACGGAGACUGAUGUCACCGGGAUUUUUUUUAACACAUGACGGGGAAAUAGUUUGAAAAACUAAGUUUGACUCCAGUCUAACGAAAGGCUUUCCCCACAGCAGCAGCAGCAAGGAUCUUAACAGCGCACAGCAUUGUAGAGUGAGAGGCUCGGGCUCAGUGAGGCAGCAUUUCCUUGAUUCUGAACAUUUCCAUAAUGGCACUUCGGACCAUCUUACUUUGCCUAUUCCUGUUAAUUGCCUGCAAGUAUUCAGAAAAUGAAGGACAUCGGAAGAAUUCAAAACGUCAUGUUCCAGUAGAAGAUGGAUUGAUAAGAAAAGACUAUACUAUUCAAAAACAUCACAACAGGCAGAAAAGAGCUGUUGCAGCAACUGAGAGGGACCAGAUGAUAUUUCUUCAAGUAAACAUCCCUGGUUCCUUUGAUUUUGAGGUGGCAAAAAGACGCCUGAAUAAUUUAACAUAUCCCAUUCAGCUGCACAAUGAAAUAUUGCCUAGCAUUUCCAUAAAUAUUACUGAAAUUGUUAUUAUUACAGCCUGUAAGCUUGUGAAUGAAGAGAUUCAGUGCUCGUGUGACAGUGAAUUCCAAUGGAACUCGACAUUUUGCAACAAAUACGAGCCAUGCGAUUUAGCCAAAGACAACUGCAGCUGUAUCAAGUUGCCAGCAGCAGAAGGAGCAUACUGUGAUCCAAAACAUCAAUCUUCAACAAUUACUAGCUCAACUAUACAAACCACAACAAUGACAACAUCCACAAUGACAAGAAAAUCGACGACACGACUACCAACAUCGGGACAAACGACAAAGCCGACACCGACGAAAAAAAUAAUAAUGCCAACGACGACGAAAGAAACAACAACAACAACAACAACAACAACGUUGUCAACAAUUGCACCUAGUUUGAACAAACAGAAAGGUGCAAUAAAACUUAAAAAUAAAAUAUUUACAGAAAGUCUUCGGGAUCCUUCUUCAAAUGAAUUUAAAGAACUUAAAGCCAAAAUGGAAGAGACGCUUACUUCUGCCUACAAAAACGUAAAAGGCUUUUCAAGUGUAAUCGUUCGAGGAUUCAGUGAAGGGAGUGUUGACGUGUUCUUUGACCUAUUCACUGAAGAGAACAAUGAAAUAUUACCACCAGACACCAUAAUAAACGAUUUUAAGACUGCAGGCUUUUCUAUUUCGCUGUUUAAAGACAAAAAUAUACCAUGUUAUGAUCCAGUUUAUGGCAAAGCAAAUUAUACUGAGACAAAAAAUACGAGCUGCCCUGGUAACCAGAAUGGAAUCAAAAACAGAACCUGUUUAGAAAAUGGAACUUACGGCACAGAAAGAAAUUUCUGUCUGUUGAGUGAAGUCAGUGAACUUUUAAAGACUGUUGAAAACUCUACAUUUGUGGCAGAACAUCUUGGCGAUCUUCUUAAGACGAUUUCCAACACUUCAAAAGAGAACACAAAAGACAUAACCGAGCCUGGAAACCUGAUAGCUGUGGUUAAUAUUUUGUCAACAUUUUCAAAUUUAACCAAUGUCACUAUUGAUUCAACACAAAUGGAGGAUUUCCUUGACACAGUAAGUGCUGUAAUUGGGGAAAACUCAACAGAAUCAUGGAAUUUUGUCUCUGAUCAACAUAAGGGUAACGAAGAUCUCAGUUCUCAACUAUUAAAGUCAGUGGAGACAUUUACUACAUUUCUUCCUGACAACACUGAGUCCUUCACUAUUAAAAACGAGAAUAUCCAGCUGGAAGCCGUCAGAAUCGAUCAGAACAACCCUUCCCAUUAUAAUGUAUCCUUUGCUGACUUCAUAAAUUCAAAUUUAACUGGGAAUGUAUUUAUUGACAAAAACAAUUUUAUGAAUAGAUUAAAUACCCUUGUGGUCAGCGUUGGAUACCCGACAUUGCUUGAUAUUUUAUCUUCUAAUAGUACUUUUGAUAAUAAUCAUGAAAUAAAUAGUCUUGUGAUAACAACCACAGCAAACAAAGAUAUUGAAACCGAAAUGACCUUCUCGGUAAGGAAUGAAAGCCUUGAUUUAGACACUGCUAUAUGUGCAUUUUGGAAUUUUAGUCUGUUUGAUGGAAACGGAGGAUGGGAUAACACUGGCUGCACAUCAAAAAGAAAUGGAAGCUAUGUUGUUUGCAACUGUAACCACUUGACAUCAUUCAGUAUCCUGAUGUCCCCCUAUUCAACUCCUGAAUUCAUCAACUACUUGCAAUACAUAACUUACAUUGGCGUUGCUGUAUCUAUGGGAAGCUUAGUAAUUAGCAUCAUUAUAGAAGCAAUGGUAUGGAAGCACGUAACCAAAAAUAAAACCUCAUAUACCCGGCAUCUUGCAAUUCUGAACAUUGCAAUAUCUCUACUGGUUGCUGACAUCUGGUUCAUUAUAGGUGCUUCUAUGAAACCAAAUACAAACGGCUGCAUAGCUGCUACUUUCUUCAUUCACUUCUUCUACCUCGCCUUGUUUUUUUGGAUGUUAACCCUUGGCUUGCUGCUUGUGUAUCGUUUGGUUUUUGUUUUCCAUGAUCACAGCAGAACAGUUAUGAGAAAAGCAUCAUUAGCUCUUGGCUAUCUGUGUCCAUUAAUAAUUGCGGCCAUCACCAUUGGAGUUGCACAUCCAAGACACUAUUACACAAGAUCUGAUGUUUGCUGGCUGGGCUGGAAGAAAAAUUACCCGCUCCUAGCCUUCAUUAUACCUGUGUUAAUGAUCAUCACAAUUAAUGCCGUCAUUUUAAUUAUAGUCAUAUUUAAACUGCUGAGAAAAACAGUUGGGGAUCGAACUACAAGUCAAACCCAGGAAAGAGACACAUUCAAACAAAUUGUGAGAAGUGUUGCUAUUCUUACCCCAAUCCUAGGUCUCACGUGGGGAUUUGGAAUUCCAACUUUUCAAGAGAACAGCCCAAAAGGUUUCCAUUAUGUAUUUGCAAUUCUCAAUUCAUUUCAGGGAUUCUUUAUUUUGGUAUUUGCCAUAUUGAUGGACAGUAAGGUGCGAGAAGCCUUAUUGAAGACCUUUUCAUUGUCGGGAUUUUCUUCUCGGACAAAGCCUUCACAGAGCACUACCACGACAAAACCACCUCUCUCAAAACCGGUUUCUAACAUUUUGGGGAAAAAAGGACACUACAGUAUGGCUCGCCAAUUUUACUCAAGUGACUUCAGCAAUUCACAAAGCUAUUCCACUUUGAAUUAACUGAUGAAACUCGCUGGAUCAAAAUCGAGUAGCAUAGAAAGAUGCAGAAGAAACACUUAUCUAUUCAAACCCGACACAGCAGCUUUGCUUAAUGGAAAUGCAGGAAGAAAAUGUAACUGUUAAAACAGGCACUGUAUACAUUUGUGCGGCAGAUGGUCAAUCAUUUGUUUUACUUUAUUUGUUGGGAACAAUCACUAUUUUUCACUGUCCAAUGGUGAUAAUUCAUAUCAAUAAGAAAAGUAAAUGAUUAUUCUGUGAAGUAAAUUAUCACAAUAGUUGGAUGUUAGCUGUAUUGUAGAGUCUAUUUGAAGUCUGUGUUAAUAUUUGAGAAACUAUUCACUGUAAUCAAAUACCUCACUGGUGUAAGCGAAUGAGAUAAAGUAAUCCAGUUUAGUGACUCAAUCCUAACUAUUUUUUACCGACUAUGUAUUGUGCUUUAUUGAUUCCUUUUUAUCAGAUAUAAUUCCAGAUCUUUUUUAUGUUCUUAUGAAAUUCUUUCCUGAUUGUCUUUCACAUUUUGCUGGAAAUGGUUAAAUUGUAUUUGAAAGAGAAAAGUAGGCUUGAGAAUUGGAGCAUGGGCUCCAAAAAGGAGCCCUGAAUUGGAUUAAAGAGGGCACAGCAAA